UUUCAAAACAAUAAGAUGUCAAAAAAGAAAGAAAGAAAAAAAUCCUCUGGUAUGUAAGGAAUGAAUCAGCGCUGGGAUCAGCUACACUUUCUGAACACAAGAAUUAUUGAUGGAGGGGAAAAAGGGCAGAUCGGCUUGAAUUCAGUGGCUGGCAAGGUUGGUCAAGUCUGGAUCCCGUAAUGUAGACCAUGCAGAACCGGCCCAGCCUAUAAAUAAUACUGACACAUUUUAGAGGAAAAGAACACUGAACCAGGGGAAAACAACGGAAGGCAUUGUGAAAUUAAGCAGGGGACUUCUUCUCAAAAGUCAUGCCAGUGUUGCUGUUGUUGGCUCUAGUGUGUCCCAUGGCCUUUUCUACACAGUUGUCGGCUAUAGACUCAUGUGGGCCAGAGGUUGCAGCUCUCAAGCUCAGCAUAAGGAAACUGGAGAAAAAACUCUUCAUGACGACUUGGCAGGUGGAGCACUUGCAGAUGCACAAAUAUUUCCGUCCAUUUCAACCUGCUGUACCUAAUACUAAACCUGAAACCGACACAGCUGCUGUUGUAAACCACCACGGCAGUGGGACAUUAGACAGUUCUUCCAUGACACUGAUGAAACCACUUCCACCAGCAGGCAGUUUAAUUGUGCAUGACAAGGAUUGUUCUGAGCUGUUUGACAGACUGAGACCAUCGAGUGGUUUCUACCGCAUCAGACCCAAAUUACACCAGGAGCCAUUUUUGGUCUACUGUGACAUGGAGGAUGGAGGAGGAUGGACAGUUUUUCAGAGACGCCGGCAUGGAAAAGUUGACUUCAACAGAGACUGGGUCGACUACAAAGACGGCUUUGGGGACUUUAAACUGUGGAAUGAUGAGUUUUGGUUGGGGAAUGAGCAGAUUUAUUCUCUGCUCUCAGAAGGUAAGAACCUAGUGAAGAUAGAUCUAAUGGACUGGGAUGGACAGAGAAGUUAUGCAUUUUAUGAGAACUUCAGGAUCACCAAUGAGGCUGAUAAGUAUCGUCUCCAGUAUGGGCUGUACAGUGGCCGAGCUGGAGAUGCUCUGAAAGGUGGCGGGGGGAUGGUGGAGCAGUGGUCUGCUUCCCUCAGCGGCAUGCAGUUCAGUACUAGGGAUCAGGACAAUGACCGCUACCUUCAGGGCAGCUGUGCCCAGGAGAAUAAAGCGGGAUGGUGGUUCAACAGAUGUCAUGCAGCCAACUUAAAUGGGAAGUUCUACCGCAAAGGGAAGUACAAGGGCCAGUAUGACAAUGGUGUGGUGUGGGGGACCUGGAAAGGCCUCUGGUAUUCCCUUAGACAUACCGCCAUGAAGGUGCGGCCUCUGGUUUUCUUGGACUACAUGGGCAGUGGAGCAGGGGAAAUUUAAAAACAGCAGGCUUCCCAGUCCCUUGUGUGAUACACAAUGAUGUUAAAAAACAAGGACAAAGACUGAUGUCAUGUUUAAAGUCUAUAUAUUUUAAUUUCUCGCUUUGCUUCAUUAUUUGAAACUAUUACCAAUGUCGA